GCGCUGCAACUGGCAACGUGGAUGAAGUUAUUACUGAUUUCUCUCUCUCUAUUUUCUCCGGGUUUCAGAAAGAGAGAGAGCCAAGAAUUUUGUGGCCAUGGCAGCAGUAGUAAUGAGCUACUACUGCAAGCCUUCGCCAUUUCUGGGCCACUUCCCAUCUUACCGUGCAAAAUCAUCAUCCAGACAGGUUGCGGGGACUGCAGUUCAGGAAUCUAAAAUCAGUGCACUGUUUUGGGGAUCGAAGAAGUCUGUGCAGCCAAAAGAAUUGGAUGUUUCAGUUUCACUACAAGAUUCCAUUCUAACAGGGGGUGGUUUGGAAAAACAAGUAACACCUAAGAGGAUUUCACUUUCCAUCAUUUCUUCAAUCUCAGAAGUUUCGUCGCAUGAAUGGGAUGCCUGCAAUUUGGACGCUACUGGCCCUGAAAAGUUUAAUCCAUUUCUUACCCAUGGUUUUCUUUCAAGCUUAGAAGAGUCACGCUCCGCAGUUAAGGAGACUGGAUGGAUGCCUAGCCACAUUGUUGCUAAGGAUGACUCUGAUAAUGUUUUGGGUGUUGUUCCACUCUAUCUUAAAAGCCAUUCCUAUGGCGAAUUUGUUUUUGACCAUUCUUGGGCUGAUGCCUACUAUGGUUUCGGAUCAAGGUAUUAUCCAAAGUUUCAGUGUUGUGUGCCUUUCACUCCAGUAACUGGUCCAAGGAUUCUGGUUCGGAAUACCCCCUUCAGAGAUCAACUUUUCGAUGUUCUAGUCUCUUCCCUGAAGGAUCUGGCAGCCAAGUCCAAGGUCUCAUCACUGCACAUCACCUUCCCCACUGAAAAAGAGUGGCACAUGCUGAAGGAAAAGGGAUUUCUGCAGAGGAUUGGAAUGCAGUAUCACUGGAAAAAUCGUAACUAUAAAAAUUUUGAUGAAUUCUUGAUGGAUAUGAAGCAAAGUAAAAGAAAAAAUAUUCGUCAAGAGCGCAAAAAGGUUUCUACUCAAAACUUGAAUAUGAAACGUCUUCGGGGUUAUGAAAUAAAGGCUAGGCAUUGGGAUACCUUCUAUAGCUUCUACAGGAACACGACUGAUAACAAGUGGGGUACUCCUUAUCUCACAAGGGAUUUUUUUCACAACAUGGGGUCAAAGAUGGGAGAUCAGGUGCUGCUUGUUGUUGCUGAAGAAGGGGAUGAGCUUGUUGCUGGAGCUCUUAACAUUAUUGGUGGAGAUACUCUAUUUGGACGUCUAUGGGGAUGUCAUCCAAAAGCCUACUAUCCAAGCUUGCAUUUUGAAGCAUGCUAUUACCAGGCAAUAGAGGCGGCCAUUGAACUUAACCUGAACACAGUAGAAGCAGGAGCUCAGGGUGAGCAUAAAAUUCAGCGUGGUUACCUGCCUGUGUUAACUUAUAGCUGCCAUUACCUCAUUGAUGAGGCUUUCAGGCAAGCUAUAGAGGAAUUUCUAGUGCGGGAAUCAACUCAGGUUAAGCUUGUUAUGAAACUAAUUCACGAUUCCGGUCCCCUUAAGGAGGACUUAAAAUAGAAUCAAAAUGCAUUUAUGUUGUUGAAAAACUAGGAUAUCUUGCCUGCUUGUUUCCAUAAUCUCUGUAAAUAUAUUUAUGCACUUUUCUGCUCCCAAAAGUUCACCAUUAAGGGUCUCUACAUAAUCACAGGAAAUUAACAUGUCAAGGGUUUGGUGUUGUCAUUCCAACCACUAAAC